UCCCGUUAGCCCGUAAAGCUGCAAUAACCAAGCCUUGACAUUGCAAAGAUGGAGGCUGUUAUAGUUUAGACCAGGAUAUACAGAAAGCACAAACUGCGAGUUUCAGAGCUCUGUUAUGACAUCAUUUCCAGCUGGUCAAGGUGGAGGCAGGAGGUGUGAGUAGAGUACAGUAGACAUCAGCAGCAUGUACUCCGAGUGGCGCUCGUUGCAGUUGGUGGUGCAGAGUGACCAGGGCCACCUAAGUGUUUUGCACACCUAUCCCCCAAGUGUGGGCACAGAGGUGGCAAAUGCUGUGGUCAAACCUCUGGGCACAGCUGUAAGCCCAGUUGCCACAGAGAACAUCCUCAAAACAGACAAAGAGGUGAAAUGGACUAUGGAGGUGCUCUGUUAUGGCCUGACCCUCCCCUUAGAGGGGGACACUGUCAAGCUGUGUGUGGACGUGUACACAGACUGGAUGAUGGCCCUGGUGUCGCCUAGGGACUCGAUGCCUCAGCCUGUGGUGAAGGAGCCCAACAUGUAUGUCCAGACUAUUCUAAAGCAUCUCUACAACGUCUUUGUACCAAGGCCUGAGCAGCAUAGUCUGAACCACAUCAGGCUUUGCCAGCAGGUUCUGACUGCAGUCCAGAAGCUGGCACGAGAGUCCGUUUCCAUGGUGAGAGAGACCUGGGAGGUGCUGCUGCUCUUCCUUCUUCGCAUCAAUGACACCUUGCUCGCACCGCCCACAGUUGGAGUGGGGGUAGCUGAGAAGCUGGCAGAGAAACUGAUGGCAGUGUUGUUUGAGGUGUGGCUGCUGGCGUGUGCCCGCUGCUUUCCUACGCCGCCAUAUUGGAAGACAGCAAGGGAGAUGCUGGCCAAUUGGAGACAUCAUCCUCCUGUUGUAGAGCAGUGGAGCAGAGUAGCCUGUGCUUUGACCUCCAGACUCCUGCGGUUUACUCAUGGACCAUCCUUCCCACCUUUUAAAGUUCCCGAUGAGGAUGCCAAUUUGAUUCCUUUAGAGAUGGACAAUGAUUGCGUGGCCCAGACGUGGUACCGCUUUCUACACAUGCUCAGCAACCCAGUGGACCUGAGCAACCCCGCAGUAGUAAGCACCACUCCAAAGUUUCAGGAACAGUUUCUCAAUUCGAGCGGCAUACCCCAUGAAGUGGUGUUGCAUCCAUGUUUGAAACAACUACCCCAGAUCUUCUUCAGGGCCAUGAGGGGUGUCAGCUGCUUGGUGGAUGCCUUCUUGGGUGUCUCUGUUGAAAAGAAAGCUGUACGGGAGAGGGUGUUCACUUUUUGUCCAGUGCCGCUCUCUCAUGGCAUAUCACGUCCCAGGGCUGACAGUGCCCCGCCCACUCCAGUCAACAGAAUUAGCAUGUCGCCGCCGCCCUCAAUCACCAACACCACGCCUCCUCAUAGCCGCAAGCAGCGCCACACGGUGGUCACCAAAACUACAAGCAAGAGCUCAGCUGGCAGUGGUGGUCAGCCAAACAAAACAUCGCAGCAGCAACAGCAGCAGCAGCAGCAGCAGACUUCAUCCUCCCCGACCCUUCUUUCCAGCCCCAACCAGAGCAGUUGGGAGUCUCGGCCCCUGCCAGCCCCAGCACGACCGAAGGUCAACAGCAUCCUCAACCUGUUUGGCCAGUGGCUUUUCGACGCUGCUCUCGUCCACUGUAAGCUCCACAGCGGCCUCAGCCGAGACCCCAGCAUGACGGCCUCUUUUAUCCAAAUUCUCCUUUCUUAUAAAUCUUCGAUAGCCACUCAAGUGUCCUUGGAGCUGAGGAGGAAGGGUUCCCAAAUGUCCACUGACUCCAUGGUGAACAACCCAAUGUUUGAUGCCAAUGAGUUCCCAGAGAGCUAUGAAGCAGGACGGGCUGAGGCCUGUGGGACUCUGUGUCGCAUCUUCUGUAGCAAAAAAACUGGAGAGGAGAUUCUACCAGUUUACCUGUCGAGGUUCUACAUGGUCCUGAUUCAGGGUCUGCAGAUUUCUGAUUUCAUCUGUAGACCAGUUUUGGCUUCUAUCAUUCUCAACUCUUCCUCUCUCUUCUGUACUGACCUAAAGGGCAUCAAUGUGGUGGUGCCCUACUUCAUAGCUGCGCUGGAGACCAUUGUGCCAGACAGGGAACUGUCCAAAUUUAAGAUGUAUGUAAAUCCUACUGAUCUGAGGAGAGCCUCCAUCAACAUCCUGCUUGCUAUGCUCCCACUGCCACAUCACUUUGGCAACAUCAAAUCAGAGGUUCUGUUGGAGGGAAAAUUCAACGAGGAAGACGGCUGGCCUCAUGACCAGCCUGUGUCUUUCCUUUCACUGAGGCUCCGUCUUGUCAAUGUCCUCAUAGGAGCUCUGCAGACAGAGACUGACCCCACCAACACACAGCUCAUACUGGGUGCAAUGCUAAAUAUUGUUCAAGACUCAGCUUUAUUAGAGUCCAUAGGCGCCCAGACUGAAACAGGGAGCAUAGAUGGCAGCCACUCAACCCUGAGGACUCAGGGUCACAGCCGUACCAACAGUGGCAUCAGCUUCAACAGUGGAGGCAGCACGGAGGCCACCAGCCCAGACUCUGAACGCCCUGCACAGGCGCUUCUCCGUGACUAUGAUACUGCGGCAGGCCUGCUGGUGCGCAGCAUCCACCUGGUCACUCAGAGGCUCAACUCCCAGUGGAGGCAAGACAUGAGCAUUUCACUCGCUGCCCUGGAACUGCUGGCUGGACUGGCCAAGGUGAAGGUGGGGGUCGACUCUGCAGACCGUAAACGUGCUGUCAGCUCGAUAUGUGGUUACAUUGUGUUCCAGUGUAGCCGUCCAGCUCCUCUUCAAUCCAGAGACCUCCACUCCAUGAUUGUAGCUGCCUUCCAGUUUCUGUGUGUGUGGCUCACAGAACACCCUGACAUGUUGGAUGAGAAAGACUGUUUGGUUGAGGUUUUGGAAAUUGUGGAGUUGGGAAUCUCAGGCAGUAAGUCCCGUCAGGAGCAAGAGGUUCGACAUAAAGGGGAGAAGGAGCACAACCCGGCUUCCAUGAGAGUGAAGGAUGCUGCCGAGGCAACUUUGUCCUGUAUCAUGCAGGUGUUGGGGGCCUUCCCGUCUCCCAGUGGGCCUGCGUCUACUUGCAGCCUGCUGAAUGAAGAUACUUUGAUUCGCUAUGCCAGACUCAGUGCCACAGGAGCCAGUAACUUCCGUUACUUUGUCUUGGAAAACUCUGUCAUCCUUGCAAUGCUGGAGCAACCUCUUGGCAAUGAGCAAAACCCCAGUCCUUCUGUGACAGUUUUGAUCCGGGGAACGGCUGGUCGACAUGCUUGGACCAUGCAGCUCUUCCAUCAACCAAGAGGGGCCAGGGCUAAUCAGAGGCAGGUGUUUGUUCCUGAAGGCCGUCCAACACCCAACAAUGAUGUGGGGAUUAAGUACAAUGUGAAACAGAGGCCCUUCCCUGAGGAGGUGGAUAAGAUCCCUCUUGUCAAAGCUGAUGUCAGUAUCCCUGACCUGGAUGACAUUGUUAGUAAGGAGGUGUCUUGUAUGGGCUGGGAGGAAGAUUCGAGAGCUUCAGAUUCACUGAACAGAAUUUGCCCUCGUCUGGAAGUUCAGCACGACAAGCUUCGUAAUCUGAUGACCAAGCAGAUAGAGUAUGAGAACGCCUUGGAGCGACACAGUGAGGAAAUCUGGAAGUCCACUCCUUUUCCUGACCCACAGACAGACUGCAAACCCCCUCCACCCUCACAGGAGUUCCAGACAGCACGUCUCUUCCUCUCCCACUUUGGCUUCUUGUCUCUGGAGGCACUUAAGGAACCCAACAACAGUCGUCUACCUCCUCACCUGAUUGCCCUGGAGUCAUCCUUGCCAGGAUUUUUUGAUGACAUCAGCUACCUGGACCUGCUUCCCUGCCGACCUUUUGACACAGUCUUUAUUUUCUAUGUGAAACCUGGACAGAAAAGCAGUCAUGAGAUCCUAAGGAAUGUAGAGUCUUCGGCCAGCGUCCAGCCCCACUUCUUGGAGUUCCUGUUAUCCUUGGGCUGGCCUGUGGACGUGGGACGCCACCCAGGCUGGACAGGACACUUGGACACCAGUUGGUCUGUGAAUUACUGCUCUGAUAGCAAUGAUGUGCAAGCAGAGGAAGCGGGUACACCGGAGGACACUGGUGGUUCGGUGUUCAACGGAGAGAAGAAAGUUUUGUACUAUGCUGAUGCUCUGACAGAAAUCGCCUUUGUGGUUCCUUCUCUAACAGAACACUCAGAGGAGUCUUCAGUGCACAGUGACUCCACGGUGGAGGCAGACACCAACUCAGAACUCAUGCCCGGUAUGCUCAAACAACCCAAUCUCACACUGGAACUGUUCCCCAACCAUUCUGAAAGCAUGGAGUCCGCUAAAAAGCUGAGUCCUUUAGUGAAGGCAAAGAGGUCAUCGACUGGAAAAUCCUUCCCCCAACUGGGGCCUGAAACAAAGGCGUUUGUGGUCUGGGUGGAGCGCUUUGAUGAUAUUGAGAACUUCCCUUUGACCGACCUUUUAGCGGAAACCAGCACGGGCUUGGAAGCUAGCAUGAGCAACAGCACUUCCUGCAGGUCGGGGUUACUAGAAAAAGACGUUCCUUUGAUCUUCAUCCACCCUCUGAAGACGGGACUCUUCAGGAUCCGCUUGCAUGGUGCUGUGGGUAAAUUUGGCAUGGUGAUUCCUCUGGUGGAUGGCAUGGUGGUCAGCCGCAGAGCUCUUGGGUUCCUCGUGCGCCAAACGGUCAUCAACGUAUGCCGACGGAAGCGCCUGGAGAGCGACUUGUACAACCCUCCUCACGUGAGGCGGAAGCAGAAAAUAACCGAAAUUGUGCAGCGUUACCGCAACAAACAACUGGAGCCCGAGUUUUACACCUCGCUCUUCCAUGAGGUGGGGGAGGGAAAGCCUCACCUCUAACCCUCCCCCCUCUCCCCCGUGUCCUGUCCUAACACUGGCACACAAGCGCACACAACAAUACACACAUGCACGCACACACCCCCGUUACUCUGUACUCAUAAACCACCUACAACUGUGCUUGUACACACACAGACACACACACACAUGCACACACAGAAUCUUUAUAUUUAUACUGUAUAAUUUUGUUAUUUAUAUGAAUACAUAUAUCAACACUGUUUGCCUUUGACUCUUAGAUCAAAGUGUCAAAAACCAUGCCAAGGUGGGAAAAAACAAACGACAUUUCUGUGUUGCGGCUACUCACUGAAGAUCUGAACGGCUGAAGUUCAACAGUGAGCUUUGCUCCUCGUUUUUAGGUUCACGCUUUGUGGCAAAACAAUUUCUGCUUGUCUUUAACCGCAAUACAGUAGUUACACUGUUGGCCUUUCUGAACUUGUAAAAAGUUUGUCCAUUGAACCUUGUAAUAUGAAUGAACUUCAAGAGGUUUGGUAAUACAGAGUUGUGUCCAAAAUCCAGAUCUGCUCAUCUGUUUUUGUUUCUAACAGAUUUAUGGUUGGAUUAUUAUUAUUUUUUUUAGCCAAGGAGAUAAACAUCUUGUAUCCACCUUAAAAUGUCGUAAACACAUAUGUAUAUAUAGCUUCAAUGCAGGUAACUUAAAAGUUGACCCGUCAUUGGAUCUGACGACAGACUUCCUCGACGUUCACACACAUACACACACAUGCAGACACACACCCUGCUUUAGUCUUCCUAGUGUGAACGCACACUUGGCCACCGCAGCAGCUGACUAAGCACAUGAGACGUUUAUAGUUUUGUAUCAUUUUCUUCUGGCUUUCUUCUGUAUGUAGACGUCAUUUUUGACACUCGUGCUCUGUGCCAGACCAUCCCAUUGCACAGCUGCCACUACAUUUUGUGUGUGCAUGUGUGAGUGAGAGUGUGUGUGUGUACACAGCCACGUUUGCUUGUCCAGCCAGUCACUUGACACUACAAGGAGUCCGAGACCCCUAAAAGCCCAACACGUUGCAUUUAAGGUUGAAUCCUGUUACUUUAAGAUAUACAGUUUCAAAAAUGCCACGACAUACGUCGAUCGCGACAUUAGAUUUUGGUUUACUCUUAAUGCUUGGAAACACAAGAGUUUACUGAUAGUGAGAGCGGCUACAGAGCUCCUGGAGUUUGCGCUUGAUGUUUUCAGGCCUAAUUUGAAAUCACCACAUUUUUAAGGUUGCAAGUAUCUCAUUACAAAGCAGAACCAGAGCACAGUUUUUAAGUGUCUCGCUCCUCCAAACAAAAUCUAUGUGAUAGAUUCAGAGGCCAAAAUACUUGAUGUAGCUAACAGGAUUAUGUGACUUUAUUUUGGCUGAUCAAAGCUGUAUUUUGUUUCUUUUUCUCCUUUUCUUUUCUUUGGAAAUGUAAACCCAGGAAGAGAUAAUAUUUAACAUGUCAGUUAUCUUCAGUUUGGAUUGCAGAAAUGUGCACUUUUGCCUUCACAAAUGUUAUAAUAAUUUUUUUUAAAAGAAAAUACAAUUUCACUCUUAUUUUUCUCACUGUACUUUUGGUUUUAAUUCAAGCCCUCUCACUGUCUGCCUGUAACAAUGUGAAUUUAUUUAUCACAGAGAUGGAGCAGGGCAAACACCUCUAGUUUCUUUUGUUAUAUUGGAAAGUCUUAAUGCACUGAGCACAUUUUUAUGUUCAUUUUAUGUUUAUUUUCUAUUCUCUUUGGUUACCUUACAUGUCCUCUUUUGUACUUUUGUGCAUUUUUGGAAGAAAAACCCUGCUGAAGGAAGAGUUUUAUCUUGUGAAAUAUGAAUGAAGAGGACGCGUUGUGGAGUUUUUAAACCUGUCGUGUCUAAUUGUGACUCACUUUUUAUGACAGUGCUGUAUGCACAUGCCUUUUUCGGAAGGAAAGUACAUACAAUGAAAGACAAAGAAACUACAUACAAUGAGUCACACGUUGUAUCCUGUAAGUCCUCUGAAGUUUGAGCAUAUUUAAGGAUUUGCCAUGUACAGAAGCAGAGGAUAAUAUGUAAAUAUGUGAUAGAUCAAGGCAUUUACAAGUUGUUGCAUUCCUCAUCUGAGAUGGCAGAAAAAGAUAUGUAUGUAUGCGUUUUUUUUGUGUGUGGGAGGAACGCAAUGGGUAUUGAAUGUAACAUGCAUCAAUUAAAACUAUUAUUGACAUUUUAA